AUGCAGCUCAUAAUUUUGAUCGCCCUCUUUGGCUACUGUAUAGCCAUGCGUCAACAAUCAGUUGCUGUUACUGGAAAGCUUAUGUGUGGAAACAGACCAGCGUCUGGAGUUAAAGUGAAGCUCUGGGAAGAAGACGACGGUCCUGAUCCCGAUGACCUCCUUGACCAAGGCUACACGAGCGGCCAGGGCACUUUCAAUCUGAAGGGAACGGAGCGUGAACUAACUACCAUCAACCCCGUCUUCAAGGUCUACCACGACUGUGAUGAUGGAGUCAAGCCUGGAAAACGAAAGGUGAAGUUCCGCAUUCCAUCAUCUUACAUCUCGAAUGGACCUAUUGCCAGACGUACAUUCGAUAUCGGAGUGCUCAACUUGGAAACUAUUUUCCCAGAGGAAGAACGCGAUCUUCUCUGA